CGCGCAGGCGCAGCGACAAUCGAAACUGACAGGCAACAUAGUGCAGUAUUCCCUCUGACCGUUCAGCGGAUUGAAGCCUCGCUUUCUCCCUCGCGCAUCCCGACAGAAGACAACCAGAACCAGUGGGAGCACGCGUUCACACCCCGACACUGUUUAAGACAUGAACACAAAACAUAUCACCGUGGGGAAUGACUUUGGGAACCCUUUACGAAAAUUCAAACUCGUCUUUCUUGGAGAGCAAAGCGUGGGGAAGACGUCUCUGAUCACGCGGUUCAUGUAUGACAGCUUUGACAACACGUAUCAGGCGACUAUUGGAAUUGACUUCCUGUCAAAAACCAUGUACUUGGAGGACCGAACGGUAAGCUCUUCAUGUGUAUCCGUCUCCCCUGCGCAGGUGCGGUUGCAGCUGUGGGACACCGCAGGCCAGGAGCGCUUCAGGAGCCUCAUCCCCAGCUACAUACGAGACUCCACCGUGGCUGUCGUGGUUUACGACAUCACAAAUGUGAACUCGUUCCAGCAGACCUCCAAAUGGAUCGACGACGUGCGGACGGAGAGGGGGAGUGACGUCAUCAUCAUGCUCGUGGGCAACAAGACAGACCUGGCAGACAAGAGGCAAAUCACGAUCGAGGAAGGCGAGCAGCGUGCCAAGGAGCUGAGCGUGAUGUUCAUUGAGACCAGCGCCAAGACGGGCUACAAUGUCAAACAGCUGUUUCGGCGUGUGGCUGCUGCUUUGCCAGGGAUGGACAGCAUGCAAGACAUGAGCAAAGAAGGCAUGAUUGACAUCAAGCUGGACAAACCACAGGAGCCACCAUCCACUGAGGGCGGCUGUUCCUGUUAAUAUCAAACUCCUGAUUGGGCAGCUUCAUUUACACCACAUGCUUGUUGUGUUGCUUCCUAUUGGUUAGCCUCCAGUUGAGUUUUCAAAUUGGAUAUUUGGCUUUCACAUCUGACUAUUGGUCAUUGGUUGGAACUAGUCUUGCAUCAAUUUCAGUUGUAAAAUAGUGUACUUUAUUAAUGAAAUUGCCAAAAACGUCUUAAAAAUUCAAAAAGAAGGUGAAAACGAAUGAAAAAAAGAGUUAAGAAACUCCAAACCUGUAUACAUUUUUGAAGAACUAGAAUGGUAGUUCCUUUUUUCUUUUGAUUUUGUAUUUUUGUAUACUUAAGGAAAAGCACUAAGACAAACAAGUACUCAACUUGCUAUAGAAUUAGCUGUGUGGGAGCAAGCAGUCCAGUAGAGGGCCAAGCAGACUAUACUGACUGAUUAUCUAAAGCAUGCAUGUGAGCAGUUAUUUUCAUUUAAUAUUCCUCAUUUUUUAAUCUAGGUGCUGUCUGCUGAUGUACACUGUUCGACUUUGCAAAGGCGUACUUACACCUGUGAUUUUAAACAUUAUGUCGAAAUAUCCAUUUGAUUUUAUGUUUUAAGUUUUAUGUUUGUUGUAUUGGUCAGUGAAAUCUUGCUUUAAAACCUGGAGACCAUUUUUCUUCAUUCUAUAUUUCGUUUUUUGAAGAAACCAUUUCUUUUCCAUUGCCAGCAACAUAUGUGCAUCUGUAAAUGUACGCUACCUAUGUAGACAACUUUAGAGUACAACUUGUAGAACUCUGUUGUCCAUAGACACACUGACAAGUGAUAGGGAGGGAUCUCUGUUUUUCUAAACAAAGAUUUACUCUUUAUUUGUUUCCACCGAUGUUUGGUACUUCACAAGUCACACCUGUUUUUUGCCUGGUCUCUUAUCUGUGAGCUGCCUUCUCUUCCCUUCCCUUCCCUUCCCUUCUCUUCUCUUCUCUUCUCUUCCCUUCUCUUCUCUUCUCUUUUCUUUUCUUUUCUUCCCUUCACUGCUGCUGCUGCUGCUGUGCUGUGCUGUAUCUGUGUCGCUGUGCGUGUUUGUUUCAUUAUUUUCUACCAGGCCCCCAGGAAGUGAGCUGUAAAGGCCAUGUUCACUCUUAGUCCCAGACACCUCAGCUGCCAGCUCAUUUACCCACACAGAACAAAGUAGGAUCAUUCUUACAACCCAGUAGUGUGUAGUAACUAUGAUCAGUUAAUCCUGAACUGGAGUUUUCUAAGAAAGGAUUUAUGUGCAGACAUUUAUGUGGAAGUGACAACAGGACCAUGGCAGUGUGCAUUUAUUUGUCAGAGUUUUUCCAUUUUCCAUUUCCGGCUAAAGAAACGAUACAGCGUAUGGCUGUUUUUUAUUGUCCAUCUAUUCUCAAGAGUCAGACUUCAGUUGGAGGCAGGAGAAUUGUGCAGCGUGAUAUUUGUCUGUAUGCUGUAUGGGUCUGUCAUGCAGAGGGGUCACAGCAUUCUGACAGCCUGAGGCACAGGUGACAUGAUAGACCAGUCAGCAGCAUCACCCCCUCCUGAUCUCAAAUGUACUUCUUGUGAAUCUCUUAAUGCACUUUUUUGUAAAUGAGAACAACUGAUGAGAAAAAAAAGACGAAACCAUACGUAUAAAUGUUCCAACAUAAAUGUGAAAAGUAUAGAGUUCUUGUAGUCUUACAUUCACCGUAGAAUUUUGAGCUGUGACAUUCUUACCUGUCUCUUAAGGAACAUAUCAAGGGUCCCUGUAAACCGAUUUGUGUGAUGACGUGCUUCAUAUUUCUGCCGUUGCCAGUGGACACUCCACCCUGUGUUGAGAAAAAAACAAACAAUAAAUAGCUAAUAGAUAUUGCCAUGAACUUAUUAGUUCCGUCUUCUCCUGAAUGGGCUAAACAGUGGGUUGGCCUUGAGCUUUGGUCUCUACGUGCACACAGUUCAGGGGGGUCAUAGUUCUUCCCCUUGAGCUUUCUUUUUUGGGGCAUUUGUGUUUUCAUGGGGUAGGUGGUGGUAGGUUAGCCAUUGGCACGUGGUGCUGAUUGACAGUGCACCUAGCAGAGAGGCAUAUUCCGAUGAGAACUGUGUUUAUUUUUCUGUACAUAGUUUGAAUCCCUCACAGCUUAGAUAUUUGGCAAAAAAUCAAUCGGGCCUAGUUUCAGAACUGUAUGGUAUGCAUCAGAUGUUAUCUACUGCCUGACUUCAGUGCUUUCCUGAGGGUGUAUUUGUCAAUGGAGUUUGACGUUUUCCAUUUAGCCUGCAUCUAGCAUUAUUGAAACAACAUAUAGGCAGACUCCAACGUGAUCAUGGAAGACAUUCAACAGUUCCAGAAAAUAUCAUGAAAAUAGUAAGUGAUGCACACAGGCACCGAUAGACUAUACAUUACUUGCCGCCUAUAAUUGUAAAGAGAAAAACCCAAACAACCUAGGCAUAAGAAUGCUAAUGGAAUGAUGGCACUUUUGGGCCAGCCUUGUUUGUUUGUCUUCAUCUCCCGGUUGAAUUUCUACUGACCCCCUAUAAGGCGUGAAGGCCCCUGCUCUGUUGCUGUGUCUCUAGAAUUUCUGCCACUUGUUGCUUGUAGGGGAUGGGGAAUAGGUGGGUGGAAAAAUGGGUAUUUAUUGGUUCAAGUAAGUUGACUUUCAGUUUUGCACCUGAAGACAUAUGUAUAAUAUUUUGUGUCUGUGUGUGCGAUUGCUUGUGUGUGUGUGUGUGUGUGUGACUUCUUAGUCCAAAGUUGAGCACUCACCUGUCCUCUCCUGAAAUGUCAAAUGAGAGUGAAGUUUCCUCCCUCCCUCCUUUGUGAAAAUGUUGAACUCAUCGUGUUUUUUGUUUUUUUUCCUUCCUUCUCCCGCUAAGCCAAAACUAAGUUGGGGUGUGGUAAGCCGUAGCAUGCCCUCGAAUGUGAGACCGCAACGAUGCUGGCGCAGUGCCACCCUAGCGCUGGCAGAGAGCGUCUCAUCACACCUAUUUUUCGAGGGCGAGGCCAUCCCCAGUGUAUAGGUGUCAGCUCGGUGAAGCAGACCUGGUUUGGUAGUUUUCAGAGCUGGCUCUCCACCCACACUGUACAGAGAUCUAGCAUGUCUGUCUGAAUCAAUAAAAUCAAUAAAAUGUCCAUUAUUACCAACACA